CAGUGAAUUGGCCCCAUAUGUCGAAGGACUACCUCUGUCGAAACCACACUUUCGACAUGCCUAAAGAAAUGUCUGACUGGCAUAGUUCAACGAGUAGUGACUCACAUUUAGGGUGUCUCCCUCCUGCUCAAGGCGAGCUCAACUUUUAUUCUCUUUCCCUCCGCUUGCAUUCUUCCAAUCAUUCACCACGCUGUGUGCACGCGAGUUCAACAUAGUUCCUGUUAAUUUGUUUAGUAUAUUUGUACGUUCUAUUUGCCUUUGAAACGAACGGCAUUGUUGUCACUGGAUUAAGUUUUAUUUGUUGUUAUGGGGGACUUGAUUUCGAGCCACCUGGAUGAGGGCAAGCGGGAGAUCAUUAAAGCCCGGACAGGCGAGGUGAUUGGAGAGUUUGGCCGUCUGUAUGAGCAGCAGUAUGCAGUGGCCCUCUUCAACAAGGUCCGCUUUGACAUUGAGGGAGGAGGGGGGCCCCAGCCACAGCUACUGCGCCGUAAGGCCCCGCUGGAGAAUAGGUCCAUCUUCUCUGGAGCUCUGUUCCAGUUUCUGGAGGAGAACAAGAAAUGGAGAAACCGUUUCCUCUUCGUUCCUGACUCCUACAACAUUAACUACUAUGACAACAAAGCGUCUCAUGAGAGAGGGCUGCACCCCAAGGGAACCAUCAACUGUGCCGGAUACAAAGUGCUGACCUCGAUGGAUCAGUACCUGGAGCUACUCAACAAUAGCCUGCCUGAUGUAAAGGCUAAAGUGGGCAACACUCCCUUCCUGAAGUGUGCCACCGAGUUCCUUCUGAUCCUGUGGCACCCGUAUGCCCGCCACUACUACUUCUGUGUGGUAACGGAGAAAGAGCAGAAGAAGUGGCAUGCAGUUUUUCAGGACUGCGUGAGACAUACCAAUGAUGGUUUGUUGGAGGAGAGUAAGGUGCAGACGCCAGCCUUCACAGACUCAGUGAGGCUUUUUCGCCAGGCCCAUGGGCAGUAUGGCACCUGGGAGAUGAUGUGUGGCGCACCUCCACAGAUUCUGGCCAACCUGGUGAUGGAGACACUUCUCCCUGAGGUCAGGGAUCUCAUCACCCCGGGACUGAAAGGCAAAAUGCACGAAAGGCAGAGGAACUGGAUGCUGAUCUGCGAUGCUGUUUAUGGUCUGGUGGUGAGGCAGGCCCAGGCCCAGUAUGAGGCUGUGGUGCAGAGCUGUGAGGCUGGACGCCCCCUUCUAGAGGCCUCCAUACGCACAGACAUGGAUCAGAUCAUCACCUCCAAGGAGCACGUCAGCAACAAAAUCAAAGCGGUGGCGCUGCCUAAGGCAGAGAAGCUGCUGAAGGUGAGUAUCCAGCCCUACAUCAGCUCUAUCCUGGAGGCCCUGAUGGAGCCCACCAGUCGAGGCUUCUCUGAGGUCAGGGACGUCUUCUUCAGAGAGCUGGUGGACAUGAGCAAGAACACAGUGAACGACAGCACCAAGGAAAAACUGGGAGAGCACAUGGAGAAGAUCUCUAUGCUGGCUUUCCACCCGGUGAAGAUGCAGAGCUGCUAUGAGAAAGUAGAGGACCUGAGUCUGGACGGCCUGCAGCAGAGGUUCGACGUCUCCAGCCCCUCCGUGUUCGUCCAGAGGGCACAGAUCCUCAUGAGAGAGCAAAUGGACGAUGCGGUGUACACCUUUGAGCAGAUCCUCCACCAGAGUCUGGAGGACCAGGGGCCAGAGGGUCUCUGUAAGAACAUCCAGCGCUGCCAGGACCGGGUCAUCAAGAAAUUUGACUAUGACAGCAGCACAGUCCGGAAGAGGUUCUUCCGAGAGGCUCUUCUUCAGAUCUUCAUCCCUUACAUGCUGAAGCAGCUCACUCCCUCUGUCGCAUCUGAGCUGCCUCGUUUCCAGGAGCUGAUUUUUGAGGACUUCUCUCGUUUCAUCCUGGUGGAGAACAUCUUUGAGGAAGUGGUGCUGCACUCUGUCAUGAAGGACAUCAUGAUGGCUGUGAAGGAGGCAGCAGUCCAGAGGAGACACAACCUGUACAGGGACAGCAUUGUAUUGACCAGCAGUGACCCCAACCUGCACCUGCUGGGGGACAACCCUGCCAUCGAUUGGGCUGGGGAGUACGGGACAGGACAAGAGGAAGGACAGGGACAAGAUGAGGUAGAGGGGGAAGAGGCUGGUGAUAGUGGGGAGGCCCAUAGGAGGCGCAGGAUGAAGCAGGUGGUCUCUAUGAUCCAGCUGGAUGGCUCCCCCAUCCUGGUCAACGAGUCCUGCCUCGAGGUGCCCAGUGUGGAUGGCAUCCCUGAGGAGAGGGAGGGAGAGGGGGAGGACCAGGAUGCUCCAUCGUCUCCAGAUAUCGUCCACCAGGGUCCAGUCAAAGUUAAUGCAACCACUCCAAAAGAAAAGAAGAAAGCCCCUCCACCUCCUGUCCAGCCAGAGAACAGUCCAUCCCCUGCCCUAACGAACGGCUCCGUCCUGAAAGGAGGAGAGUCGGUGACGAUCGUGAGUGUCGCCCCAGAGGUGCAGACCAAAAUCUCAGAGGAUGUGACCCAGGAAGCUGAGCGUGAGGAGAAGUACCUAGAGAUUGAGAGCUCCUUACAGGACUCAGAGAACACGGCAUCAGCCAUCGAGAGUGCCAUACAGGAGAUAGAGAAUGCUGUGCAGGAAGAGGACAGCGAGCCAGGCGUGGAGGUGGCUGCAGUUUCACAGGAGACCGCAGCAGAAGUGUCCCCCUCAAGCCAGGAGGUUAGAAGUGUACCCUCAAGCAAAGAGAAGGAAUCUCUGAAAACAGUUCCGGAAGAGGCUUCGGCACCAGCAGCUCUAACCCAAGAGGAUACGUCUCCUAGUUCAGACGCGGUAUCUUCCCUACCCUCAACGCAGAUGGAGGCAGUAGCAGUAACACCCAUAGCACAAGAGGAGAUCCCCAUACCAACAGCCCUGGACACAGAGCUCCAAGUGCCUGCACCCACACAAACAGAAAUUCCUGCAGCCACAACAACGGCCCUGGAGAAAGUCCCUGUCCCUGCACCAAUGCCAGAGGAGUCGGAGAGCACUGAGAGCACUUCAAAUGUCCAGAGAGCAAAUCCACAACCCACGGUGGAUUUGAACUCCCUGCCCCCUCCACCUCCACAGGACGACAGUGGCUUCCAGUCUCCCACCAGUGAGGCGGUGGAGAAGGCUGCCCCCAGUACAGAGGAGCCAGAGGCAGCAGAGGUGAUCCCUGAGGCAGGGGGAGAGGGAGUGACUGUGGCCCAGGAGGGAGCAGCAGCGCAGAAGAAGGACUCAGAGAAGGCAGACGGCCCCAGUGUGGAAUGAGUCAUUGUUUGGGCUGUAUGCCGGUUGUCAAUUUGGAAUUUGUUUUUUUUUACCAAGACCGGGAUAUUAUACAUAAUUAAUCUCACAAUAGCAUAGACAAUUUCAUCAAUGGAAAUGGUUUGUAUACAGUAGUUUUGCCAAUAAUUUUACCGCUUAGUUUUCGUUGUCAAGAUUAUUCUCUUCAUAACAGUUACUUUUUUUUCACCAUUAUUAUCCACCUCUACCAAAUCAUCAGUCUGUAUGUACAUUGAUCCGGGUUCAGGUACAACUUCAAUGCCUGUAUAUGUUGUUUUCCUAUUGUUUCUAUAUUUUGACAGAUUACGUCCACAUUCCAGUUGAUAGCAUGUGCAUUGUGGCUUGAGUGCCAGAUGUUUGUGCGCUCAUGCCAACUCUCACUGUCACUCAUUGUCAUAAAAAAAAAAAAACAUGGCUUGGCAAUGGCAGCUUUGGAAUUAGAAAGGCCACAAACUGAUCUGGAACCAGAUUUAGGGACUCACUCCAUUGUCCUUUUUUUUUUACUAUAUAUUCACUGGGUAGUGAAUGAGGAGCACAAUAGAAAGACCCAGUUGUGUCCAUAUUAUGGUGUGCUGUGAAUAUGAAAUUAACUCACACACUUCAGGUGUUCUUGGUGGGGUAUAUAACGUUCAAUAUCAUCAUUGAUUUGUCCUCUAUGAUCUGCACUACUGCUCAACCACUUGAAUUGGCUUUACCCUGAAUCCAAAAGCUGUCAACGGUCUGACUUAUCUAGUUUGUGUUCAAUUGUAUUUAGAGUGGACCAUGACAACAUGAGCAAAGCUACAGUAUAGCUAGCCAUGGCUAAAUUCAAAAUCACAGAGUAUUUAUUCCAAUGGGUUCAACGACUGAUAUUAUGUCCAUUGUUGUCAUCUUAUUGUUGUUCUUUCAUUGUCACUUUCGUACAGUUGCUCUCUACUCUGAAGUUUCCUGUCCGUUUUUUGAAUCUCUUUUUCUAUCAGAGUAAUUCCAAUACUUUUAUAAUUGUGCAUCAACCUCCAAUAAUAUUCUUCUGACGUUUAUUUAUUGAGAUAUGUUGAAAAGGUGUCUGGGAAGCAAGCAAUUCUGUAGUAACAGUGCCUUAUGAAAUACUAGAAAACAUCUCAUUCAAAGUACUUUUUAUUUUCUGUUUCAAAUUGAAAUGACAAUCCGUCAAACAUAUUGAUGUGUUAACUGUUCUGUUAUCGCAAGACGUGGAAAGCAAGGCAAACGAGUAAUUGUAUUUGAUAUGUUGUCCUUAAUAUUUGACAAAUUCUUAUUGACAUGAAUACCUCAGUUAAAACAUUGAGCUAUUCCCAACAGAGAGAGAAUCUGUACAUACUGUAUUUAAUGCUAUGUUGACUUCAUACGUUUUUGACCCUUUUCACUGUCAUACAGCCUUUCCACAGAUGCUCGUCUUAGCAGCUGUGACAAGUUUUUAUUUUUUACUUUCUCUUCAGUGCCUUCAUUGAUACACUUAAAUGAUCUCCUCAAUUAUUUGUAUUUAUUAUGUAUUGCACUCUGCAUUUACGUCCCUGUCCUGCAUCCCUUUUGAUGCCUGUACUUUUAGAUUUAUUUUACUCAAUGUUAUACACAGGACUGUUACUGAUAAUAAAUAAUUGUUGAUUCAA